AGAAGAAAACCAUGGCGGAAUUCUUGUGGACCUUCGCUGUGCAAGAAGUGUUGAAGAAGACGCUGAAACUGGCGGCUGAGCAGGUUGGCCUGGCAUGGGGAUUCAAGGAUGAACUCUUGAAAAUGAAGGAUUCUUUACUCAUGGCGCAAGCCAUCCUAACGGAUGUUGAAAAAAUGAAGGUAGACCUUAACUCCUUAAAGCUAUGGGUGAAGAAGCUUGAAGAUAUCGUCUUCAAAGCCGAUGUUUUGCUUGAUGAGCUCGCUUAUGAAGACGUUCGAAGUAAAGUGGAAAUCGGGAAAGAUAUGAUGGUACGCAAUUUCUUUUCGUUCUCAAAAAAUUUCUUUGUUUUUCGUCUCAAAAUUGCAAAUGAAAUCACAACCGUUACUAAAAAGUUGGAUGAGUUAGUUUCUACAAAAUGUCCUCUCGGAUGUGUUGCUACAACAUUUAAUGAAAUUGAAACUGAAACUGAUCUUAACCAAGUACGAGAGACGGACUCCUUUCCUGAUGAAAUUGGAGUUAUUGGGAGGGAAACUGAAGUAUCAAAUAUAGUGGAUAAACUACUCGCUCUUAAGAAUCAAGAAACUUUGGUUGUUUUACCCAUCGUUGGUACUGGUGGAUUAGGAAAAACAACUCUUGUGAAGGAGGUUUUCCAUCAUGAUAUGAUAAGGAAGAAUUUCGAUACAACUAUAUGGGUAUGUGUGUCUGACCAUUUUAAAAUCAACAAAAUUUUGAGAGCAAUCGUGGGAUCCUUGAAUCCAACAUUUGGUGGCUCAGAUGAAAGGGAACUCAUACUUCGGGAGCUCAAAAGUCUGUUGAGUGUCAAAAAGUAUUUUCUUGUGCUCGAUGAUGUUUGGAAUGAAGAACCCGUUCUAUGGAAUGAGUUGAGGGCUUGUUUACUAAAGAUCAGUCAAAAUGUUGGAAGUGCUAUAGUUGUGACUACUAGAAGUGAUAAAGUUGCUGAAAUUAUGGAGACAAAUUACAGACAUCAUCUAAGGCAGUUGUCGGACCAUCAUUGUUGGUCUUUAUUUGAAGAAUGUGCAUUCAGAAGUGAUUUAUCAAUAAUUCCUAUUGUGAUUCGAGAACUACUUGUUAAAAAAUUUGGUGGUAUACCAUUGGUUGUGAAAGUGUUGGGAGGAAUGGUGAAAUCAUGCAAGAAUGAUGAUGAACUGCAAUCGACUUUAGAAAAUCUAGUGAGAAUUGAAUUACCAAAGGAAAAUCUUAUUUUAUCCACAAUCAAAUUAAGUGUGGACCGUCUACCAUCUUCCUCAUUGAAACAAUGUUUUGCGUACUGUUCAAAUUUUCCACCAGACUUUUGUUUCUACAAGGAAGCACUUGUUCAGAUGUGGAUAGCACAAGGGUUUAUUCAACUACCCAAUGGAAGCAAUGUAACGAUGGAGGAUAUUGGAGUGAUGUAUUUCGAUAUUUUGUUGUCUCGUUCCUUGUUUCAAGAUGUUUUCAAGGAUAAGAGAGGAAAAAUUAUAUACUGUAAGAUGCAUGAUCAUAUACACGAGGUCGCAUGUGCUAUUUCAAAUGAUCAAAAUUUGAGAAGGCACCUUGUAACGAAUGGAAAAUCAGAAAGUGAUGAAGUUCUUUCGAUCCGUCAAAGAAGAAGAAUAGUUUAUUGUUGUGAAAAUGUACACUUUGAUAAUCGGGAUAUGAUCAUCAACUUCAUCUACUUGCGCGUUUUAAUUAUUGAUUAUGGAUUCAUAACUGAAUUGUCAGAUACAAUCGGUAAAUUGAAGCAUUUGAGGUAUCUUGACAUUUCAAAGUCUGGAAUAAAUACGCUCCCAAAAUCUAUCGUUUUACUUUACAAUUUGCAGACUUUGAAGCUCGGACGUGAUGUAAAGCUUCCUACAAAGUUGAGAAAGUUGGUCAACUUUAAGGCAUUUGGAAUUUGAUUUUGGUUAUUCAAAUCAAGUU